AUGUUUAAUGUAGUGGUCAACAGGGCUUACGCUGAAGGGUUGGUAUUUGCCAAGCUGCUGCCGGACAUACCAGAGCCGGGUUCCGGACCCGGACAAAACGAUACUCCGAUUAGGGUGCAAGUGAUGGAGACGACAAAAUCGGAGAGAAUGGAGGAAGUGUAUGAAGAUCGGGAUCCAAAUAAUUUAAAUCAACACGUUCAGUUAUUAUGGGAUGACGUAAUAGGGGAACCGGAAGGUGGAAGGAGCCCAGAAAGUGCCUGGCGAGUAAGCAGGUUCUGUUUUAAGCAGUCGCGACAUUGGUGCUAUACUGUUUUAUCUAUACUCUGUGCCCCACCUUGCGCCCUUAUGCUGGGCUGUGGGUUCGCAUGUCUGGCCUUCGAGCAAAUUUGGUGCGCAACACCCGGUAUUCGGUGUAUCAAGGUCUACUGUUUAUCAAUCAGAUCUCUUUUCCAAUCAUGUCUAGCUGCAACUGUAUCACCUGUAAUGGAAUCAUUUGGUCAUAUUUGUAGAAAUAUCAGAAUUAAUAUGCGAAAAGAUGCCGCUGAAGAAAAGGAUCUUCUUGUAAUAUAA